AUGGCCGAAUGGCUUCUAGCUGUUGCUGCAUUGUAUAUUGAUUGGAGAGCUGCUCGAAGAGUUCGUUAUGUAUAUAAUCAUGCAUUAGAUGAAAUAUACGCUGAACAAUACGGUAAUGAUUAUGAUCCAUCAUAUAGUUAUAAUAGUCAGCAAUACAGUUAUAAUCCAAGCAAUUCAUAUGAUCAUUAUUAUCGUAUUUAG